GCGGCCGCUACGCGCACCGCAUCUCCGGCUCGGGCGGCAGCCGCGUGCAGCUGCUCAUCGUGAAGGCUGCCCUCGGCUCACAGCAGGAGAUGGGGCAGCGCAUCAGCGCGGAGACGAAGGCGAUGCGCAUGCCGGACGUGCGCGUUGAGGGCCCUCCCCGACUCCUCUACGACAGCGUGCGCGGCGGGCCGCACCGCCCCUUCGUCUCCGGCGGAGGCGAGAACGGGUGCAACGCCUCCAUCGUACACGUUGUGUACGAGUCGCGCCAGAUGUACCCGGCGUACGUGAUCGAGGUCGAGAUGGAGAUGGGGGCCGAGAUGGUGGCGGCCGUGCGCAAGAACUCGACUGAGGGGAGUGCGAGCGCCGGCCCGGCACCCAAGCGGCAGCGCCACGCUACGCCGAGCAGCGGCGGCGGCGGCGGCGGCGGCUCCAGCAGCGGCGGCAGCGGCAGCGGCAGCGGCUCUGCUGCUCAUGUCCCCGCCGCUGCGCCACCGAGCGACGCGGAGGUGCGGGCGAUGGGCGUGGCGGCGGUGGCGGCGCGGCUGGCUGCCCUCGAGGCGGCGCAGUAG